AUUUUAUUUUUUUGUGAUCUGGAUUGAAGAGGAAAAAAAACCCCAUCAAUAUUAAAAAACAAAAACAAAACAAAAAGGCUUUGGGUGAAGGCGGCGUGGACUGGAGAAGAGAUGCCCAGGAGGAAACAGCAGGCACCAAAAAGGGCAGCAGGCUAUUUUCAGGAUGAAGAGGACUUAAAAGGUGAUGAAAUGAAGGACGACGAAGAGGAAGAUGAUGACAGCAAUUCCACAGCUCAGCAACAAGACAGCACUUAUUCACCUACUGAUGAAGAGCAGGAGAUAGGUGGGGAACUUAAGAGGAGUUUCGGCUACCAGAGUCCCCCAGGAAGUCAUCUAUGCAACCAAGAUGGGGAUAGAGAGUCUCUGGUCAGUGAUUCCAGUGAUAAAGUUAGCGACAUCAAAGGCCCAUCUUCUAAAGAUGCUCAGGAUCCAAAAACCAGCCCUGCUCCAAAGCUUCAAGCAGAGGGGAAUGACUGCAUGAAUAAAAUGAAGACAGCCUAUGCCAACAUAUUGUCAGAUCCCUACUGGACGAGCUUGGGACUUAACGUCAAGGUGCCUCAUACAGAGAGGAAAGUUUGCGAGAGUCGCAAUGGAGCUAGCAAAACUGAGUUUGAUUGGCAUCAAGAUGCACUAUCCAAAAGUUUACAGCAAAACUUGCCUUCAAAGUCAAUGUCUAAGCCAAACCUUUUCAGCUCAGUCCAGUUGUACCGUCAAAACGCGAAGAUGUACGGCACCGUCUUUACAGGAGCGAGUAGGUUUCGAUGCCGGCAGUGCAGUGCAGCUUACGACACCUUGGUGGAGCUCACGGUGCAUAUGAACGAAACAGGUCACUACCAAGAUGACAACCGCAAAAAAGACAAGCGGAUAUCGACCAGCUACUCUAAGUCAAGAAAAAGAGCUUUCCAUGAUAUGGACAAGGAAGAUGCUCAGAAAGUCUUAAAAUGUAUGUUUUGUGGUGACUCAUUUGACUCUCUCCAAGACUUGAGCGUCCACAUGAUUAAAACUAAACAUUACCAAAAAGUGCCUUUGAAGGAACCCAUACCAACACUUUCUUCAAAAAUGAUAUCCCCAGCAAGAAAACGUGUGUUUGAAGCCACAAGGCCAUGCUCACCAGAUUCUACCACAGGUUCUUUUGGGGAUCAUGGCUCCUCACAUAAAAAUGGCAAUGUUCAGCUAUCCUCCAACAAUCGUUAUGGGUAUCAGAAUGGUGCCAGCUACACCUGGCAGUUUGAAGCCUGUAAAUCUCAAAUUUUAAAGUGCAUGGAGUGUGGAAGUUCGCAUGACACCCUGCAACAGCUUACGUCACAUAUGAUGGUUACUGGACAUUUCUUAAAAGUUACAAACUCCGCUUCCAAGAAGGGAAAACAGCUAGUCUUAGACCCUCUUGCUGUAGAAAAGAUGCAGACACUAUCAGAAUCAUCUAAUGAUAGCCCAUCCAAACCACCAACGAAUUCACCGUCUGGUAGUGCAACGCCUGAGCUUAAGACUUGUAAAGAGAGUAGAUCAGACAAUUCGGAAGAUGGAAACAAAGAAGAAAAAUCAGAGACAAGCGAGGAACCUGAAGAUCCAGUGGAGAAACCAUUAGACCAUACUCUAAAAUACCAGUAUCUGAGAGAAGAAGAUCUGGAUGAUGGUUCAAAAGAAGGUGGUGACAUCUUAAAGUCGCUUGAAAACACUGUAACCUCAGCCAUCAACAAGGCUCAAAAUGGAACUCCAAGUUGGAGUGCAUACCCCAGCAUCCAUGCUGCCUAUCAGAUCACAGAUGUCAUAAAACCACCGGUUCCCCUUGCUUCUCAAGUAAUGCAAAUGAGAAACGCAUUCUCCAACAAAUUUCGACCCAUUGCGCCCAAGUGUAAAUCUGUUUCACACGUUCCCCACACGCCACCUGACCCACAGUCAACCCAGGUAAAGGAAGAAUCAGAAGUCCGAGAAGAUGAAAGAGAGACAACUGAGGACUCCGAAACGACAGCAGUGGACAAAGACGAAGACUCUCCAACAAUGCAAGUCUCCGGUGAGGCAAAUAGGAGAGAAUCAAGCUGCACUGAAGAGGAAAAGAUAAAACAAAACUGCGAGAAGGAAAAAGCCAGAAUCCAGGAAUCCAUGGAACCGUCACUCAGCAGCAGCGACUGCUCUGCAUUAAGAAGUUCUGCAAAUUGUUCUCCAGAUUUACCUUGUGUGAAUCCGCUUAGUGCUCUACAGUCCGUCUUAAACAAUCAUCUGGGAAAAGCCACUGAAUCACUAAGGCCUCAGGCCUCUUCAAACACCAGUUCUAACACAAUCAACAUGUUCCCCAAAUCCACCGUGAAAAAAAGUGAAAGACCAAUUGCAUGUCUAACUCCCCCACGGCCAGUAGGCAGCUAUUUAUUCAAUGCCAAUGACCAACCCAUAGAUCUUACCAAAUCGAAAAGCAAGCGAUUAGAGUCGGUAAAAGCACAGUCUUGUACAUCUCCACCUCAGAAGCAUGCUUUGUCUGACAUAGCGGACAUGGUCAAAGUUCUACCCAAAGCCACCACCCCAAAGCAUGCUACCCCUGCAAGAAAAGCUGCUGUAAAGAUAGAGAUGGAUGCCAGGCGCUUUGAGGAUGUUUCAACCGAGGUGUCCAUGUUGCAUAAGAGGAAAGGCAGACAGUCCAACUGGAAUCCUCAGCAUCUUCUCAUCCUACAAGCUCAGUUUGCCUCAAGCCUUUUUCAGACUUCAGAGGGAAAGUAUCUGCUGUCGGACCUUGGGCCUCAAGAACGCAUGCAGAUCUCAAAAUUUACAGGACUUUCUAUGACAACAAUCAGCCACUGGUUGGCCAACGUCAAGUAUCAACUCCGAAAGACGGGAGGGACUAAGUUUUUAAAAAACAUGGACAAAGGACACCCCGUGUUUUAUUGCAGUGACUGCGCAUCCCAGUUUAGAACACCAUCCAGCUACAUUAGCCAUUUAGAGACCCACCUUGGUUUCCAAAUGAAAGAUAUGAACAGGUUGGCCAAUAAGCAGCAAACGAAGGUAGAAAAGAUUUCAAGGGUAAAGGCUCAACGGUCACCCCAAUCCAACGCCGGCGAAGAGGAGACUGACUGUAAGUUCAGAUGCAAGCUGUGCUGUCGGACAUUCGCCAGCAAACACGCGGUGAAACUGCAUCUAAGUAAGACUCACAGCAAGUCCCCCGAAAACCAUUCGCAGUUUGUGUCCGAAGUGGACGACGACUAGUUUGUGCAUUUAAUCCGGCGUCCGCUUCUCGGGCUCAACCAACGGAACGGGGCUUGUGUGCUUUCAUAGAAGUAGUCGACUUUACUGAACAUGUAAAGCUGUUUAUAUGAUGUAUAUACAGUAUAUAUAUAUAUAUAAAUAUAUAUAUAUUGGUCUACUUUGCAUUACACAGGAAAGGAAACUCCCUACACACACACGUUAUUUCCUUUGGGUUCUGUAAAUGCUGCUAUUAAACUUCAUUGGGAAAACUUCUACUUAGCCUUCAACCAUAAAAUAGAAUUCAGCCUCCUCUAUGAAACCGCUGCCAUCAAAGAACCGUUGGCCUGGCGUUGUGUCCGAGGCACGGUAUUUUAGUUUAUCUUACAUUUAUUAGCAGAGAACAAUCCUGCUCUUCUUAUAUGUACUUACUAAAGAGUGGGAGCUGCCAUAUUGUUUGGCUUCGUGGGCUUUACGGGCAGCCAGAUCAUCGAGUUCUCACGAUCACUAGAGGUGCUGUUACGCUUGCAGUUUGUCUAUGAAAUUCUCUAUUCACACUAUGCCCUACUUUUUCCCUACUGUGUACCCAACAUAUCUAUACAAUUCAUUUAGAUGGAGACACAAUACAGGUAUAGGACCCAUUAUCCAGAAAGCCGUUUCCCAUUGACUCCGUUUUAUUCAAAUAAUCCAAAUUUUUCAAAAUCAU